AUCAGCUGUUGGAGAGUCCAAAGACAUGAGUCUUGAUUCAUUUCCGUCUUCUCUUCUUCCACGUUUGAUCCUUCCCACCUUCCAUUUUUAUCAAGUCUUCGUUACGAUUUUUGUUCUCCUGUCCUCAUAGUAAUACGUACUCAUAAUCAUCAUGCCUCGCUCUUCUGACCACUCUCGCGAUCCUUGCCCAUACGUCAUCUUUUCAGAUCUCGGUGCUUCAUUUGCCAUGGGUGCUAUUGGUGGUGGUGUCUGGUAUGGAAUUAAGGGUGCCAAGAAUUCCCCAAGGGGCGAACGCUUUCCGGGUGCUUUGAUGUCACUUAAGGCCCGUGCUCCUGUCCUGGGUGGAAACUUUGCGGUCUGGGGUGGCCUCUUCUCGACCUUUGACUGUGGAAUGAAGGGAAUUCGUCAGAAAGAGGAUCCUUGGAACUCGAUUGCUUCAGGAUUCUUGACUGGCGGCGUCUUAGCCGCUCGAGGUGGCCCUAAGGUCGCUAUCACCUCUGCAGCUCUAGGAGGUGUCUUUCUUGCCGUCAUUGAGGGUCUUGGAAUUGUCUUCUCCAGGGCUUUUGCUGAUCAAAACCGUCCUAUGAUGCCUCAGCUCCCUGAUAUUGCUCCACCAGCAUCUCAGUAAAGGAAGCCAAAGAAAAGAAUAAGAGAAAGAAAGGAAAAGCUUGUAGAAAUAUGAUUUGAUGCACGGUAAAAAAAAAGAGUAUAGGAUGGGGUUGGGGACGAGGAAUCAAAAUAUGAAGUAUCGGAGCAGAGAACAGAGCAGGACAAGUAGUUUACAUUAGAAGGCGAUCUGUUUCUUUCUCUCGCCCAUUUAUUGUCUAUUCCAUGAGUGCUGAUCCGUAAAGAUGAAGAUUGAGUUUGUCUUUGCAAGGAAUCAGUUCUAUCUCAAACGCACAGUCAUAAUGUGAUGCUUCUAUUUCUUCUUGCCUUGCUG